AUGAAACUUAUAGUUUGCAAUGAAUUUCAAAGUAUAGAUACAACAAAAGUUUUGAACUCAGAUGCUUUGAAGAGUCUUAUAACAGAUAAAGUUGGAGUUGUUGAAAGAAAGUAUAAAGACUCAAGAGUUUGUGAGAAUGUUGCAAACUUCAUUAUGGUUUCAAACAAUGCUGUUCCGAUGAAGUUAGAAAGUUCUGACAGAAGAUAUGUAGUUGUCAGAAAGUCAGAUUCUCAUAUGCAAGAUACAGAAUAUUUUGACGCUUUGUCAGAAUAUUUGACACCUGAGUUUUACAACCAUUUGUUUUCAUACUUUAUGACAUUAGAUAUUUCAAAGUUCAAUCCAAGACAAAUUCCACAUACCGAAGAGAGACAAACAUUGUUAGAAGCAAACAAGAGUGUAUAUGAACUGUUCGUAGAUGAAACUGACUUUGUGUCAUUAGAUGAAAGGUCUUUAUAUGAUGAAUAUAAACAAUAUUGUCAAGAAUAUGGUUAUAUGGCAGCUUCUAAACGUACAUUCUUGGCAAAUGUCAAAAGUCUUUUAGAUGUUCAGAAUGGUGUAUAUACAAAGAAAAUUUUUUCUGAGUAA